CUUCUGUUCUCCCCAUCUGGGCAUCUACCCCUAGCUGCGGCAUUCUCGAGCACCUAGGAUUCCUGUGACCAGAUGCUAACGAUACAUUCCACGUAGCUGUUGGUAGCAGCUUCUCAUUUUCUUCCUUUUCACUCGGGUAUUCCUUCAAAGGUCUUGUGCAGCGCGUCGUCUUUAGACCGCGGUUUCUGUGCCACGCCUGCGCCCAGCGAACGACUGAAAGUAGAGUUUAGGAGACUGAGCAUGUCAAAACCACGAACCAACUCGAGUUUUGUCUAUGAGACCCGAGAGGCCGAAAGCACAAUUCAAAUAGAAACAUGGUUUCACAUCGUGAGCAGCCAGGCUGCGGCCAAUUCGGUUUCGGACCAGAUGAUAGCCUCCCAGUUGAUCUAUCUACAAGAGGCAUAUGAGAAUGCCACCAUAUCUUAUCGGCUCAAAGGCAUAACUCGUCAUGUGAAUGAUACAUGGGCGCACAACCAGGAUGAAAUUGCCAUGAAGAGUGCGUUACGCCGUGGGAGUUACAGCACUCUCAAUGUUUAUUUCCAGACAGAUCUCCAGAUGUCCUCGGAUGGAAGUGCUCGAACAUUGCGCGACAUCUCUGCGCGACAGAUGGGCACUCUAUCGUCCAGCGUACUCGGCUUUUGCACUCUGCCUGACCCAAGCAUAAAUGCCAGUAGCCCACGUUCCACCUACAUAAAGGACGGCUGCAAUGUCCUGGCCCAGACUAUGCCGGGAGGCUCCUUAGCGCAUUACAACCAAGGAGGAACGGCUGUCCACGAGAUUGGGCACUGGAACGGACUUCUCCAUACAUUUGAAGGAGACACUUGCUCAUCUAAUAACGAAGGCGACUAUAUAGACGACACUCCGCAACAAUCUGAACCUACUAAUGGUUGUCCGGCUCAGAAAGAUUCAUGUCCGGAACUCCCUGGUCUGGAUGCAAUCCACAAUUUUAUGGACUACUCAUCUGAUGAUUGCUACGAGAACUUUACACCAGAUCAGAUUGAGAGAAUGAGGAACAUGUGGUUUUCCAUGAGGGCAGGGAAGUGAAGGAGUAAAGACACGUGGAGGUUUCUUGCAUAUAGUCUGUUCACAGCACCUACUCCUAUACACGUAUCAUUUUAGCAACGCCAGCUGCUAUAUUACUUGAUCCCAUUCACGCGUGCCAAGAAGACCCUGGAGAUUGCGGUAAA